CAUUAUUUCUGCUCAGAGGAGAAGAGCGAGCGGUCUUAGUUUGAACAAAAUGGCUGCAAGAACGCUGUCAACGAGAGCUCACUGAACGCAUUAUGACUGUCCACUCCUACAUUUGGAUUUUUCGAGAAUGUAUUUUCUUGGAUUCGUUUUUCAAUUUGCAUUCGUAGUAGCAAGGUCGUCGGUCAGAUGUUGUUGCUAACCUGCUAGCUCCUCAGCUAGCGGCCUAAACACAACUUAUUUCAUUUUGCACUUUAACCCAAGUUGGAUAGCUAGCUAGCAAUUUUCGUCGACAAUUUACUGAAAUCUGCCUGUUUUCUUUCAUUUGCAAAUGACUCCUUACAACAGUCGAUGACUAAUGCCAACUAGCUAACAUUAACUCCGCUACUUUUUGAGUCGAAUUGUUUGUUGCUUUUUCGUUUAGCUGCUUUUUUCGAUCUUUUUUUUCUAUAACGUGAUAUUUUGGACGUUUAGCAUUGUUUUGUGUUGCGAAAAUUGUCCUUUUAGUGCAUCGUUGCGCUAAAAUACAAAGUUCUUGCUGUGUGUUUGUCAAGUAUCGAUCUCGGUAUUUUUUGUUAUGAAGCUGCUCUAACUGUUAUCCAGUCAGUCAGUAAGCCCCAUGCAGCGGGAGAGCUGACGGUGGCUAAUGCUAGCUAGCUGGAUAACUGCGAAGACUGAAUUCCUGAUUUGUCAUUUACGGGUAUUUAUUUUUCGGGAAAAGGCACAGCAGAAUGCUUUUCUGCAUCAUCUUCUGCCAUGCACCGACUUUGUAUUGAAAGCUGCCAAAGCUCAACGUGUGAUUACGCAAGCUGAGAGACGUUAACAACACGAGAGAGAACCAUUUGAUGGAAGAAAAUAAAAAGCAAGAAAAGACCAAGAAGGAAGCUGCUCAGAAACAGGCUGCUGACCUGAAAACCAAAGAGCCAGCUAAGCCCAGCCCCGGUCCCCUCCACCACCCCACCACCUGUGUGACCCUGCCCCAGGCCUCACACCCCCCCUCCUCGUCCUCUUCAGUCAGAACCAAUGGGAAGCGCGCCCAUCCUAGCACCCAGCAAACACCACAGCAGCAGACCCCUCCUCCGCCGCAGUCGUCGUCCUCAGGCCCCCGCUACCCGCCCCGUGAGGUGCCCCCACGUUUCCGCCAGCAGGAGCACAAGCAGCUACUGAAGAGGGGCCAGCCACUGCCCGCCGGAGCCCUGAGUAGCCUCACCGUGACCCCUGCCGCCGACCCGCUCACCCCCAGUGUCCCCGCUUCUUCUUCCUCCGCAGGCAAGCGCCACACAGACCUGCCCUUUCAGAGUGGUCCUGGUGCCCAGUAUGAGAAUCCCCACUGGGGAGCCUUACCACCAGCCACUGACCGCAGCAGCAGCACCACCAGUAGUAGCUGGGAUCAAGUGAUCAUCGACGGGAGCGACACCGAGGCCUGGCCCUCCAUCAGUCGCAGCAGCGACAGCCUACCAGCGAAUCCUUCAGAAUGUGCCACAGCUGCUGACUGUACGAACCCAGAGACCAGCAGCAACAUGAGCAUAGCCGCGGGGGCUACUAGCCAGCAGGCCCACUACCCCUCUCUCAAAGCUAACGUCACUAACAUGAUGCAGCCUGGCGGUGGCCAGGGAAUUGGAGCCAUCGGCAGCAGGGGCUGGGGCACCGGAUCAGGCCCCAUCACCAUGGGCCCCACUGAGGGAGCAAAACCCGACGGUCUAGGACCCAACAUGGGUCGGGGUGGAGGAGCAUCCGGCUGGAACUCCCAGCCCAGUUUUAGCCUGAACCUGAACCCCAACGCCAACCCCUCGGCCUGGCCCGUGCUGGGGCAAGAGGGGGCUGGAGGUGGCCCCAACCCCGCCUCACUACCUCCCAACGGCAGCCUGGGCAACGGUAGCCUGGUAGGGGACGAGAACAGCAGCAGCAGCACCUGGGGAGGCAUGAUGAGCCCUGACGCCCCGUCCUCCAAUAAGAAUGUAUCUUUCAGCAGCAUGGAACAUCCCAACCUUAACACUGACGGACAAAACAGCCACCACACUAAGCAGCCACUCAGCCCCAUCCACGGCCUGCCCGGCUGGGGAGGCCAGUCUCCUACAGAGUCCUCCCAGCUCAACGGAGACGCAGGGAGCUCCGUCUGGGGCAACGGAGACACCAAGACUUCCGCUGACUCCAAAAACUCAGGCUGGGACUCGGCACCCUCCGGAGGCAUGUCCGGCUGGGGCCACUCUGGCAGCGGAGGAGGCGGGAGUGGCGGUGAAGGAGGCUGGGGAGGAGACUGGGGGAAGCCCUCCAGCGGUGGAGGCGAGGCCAAAGGAGGCUGGGAUUCCUCAGAUGGCCCGGCCCAGGACCAGCAGGUAAGCUCCUGGGGCCAGCCAACCCCGGCCCCGACUAGUGAGGGUAGCGGAAGCGGCGGCAGCGAGGGGCGCUCCCACCGCAGGGACAGGACCGGCAGUGAGGACGGAGGCCCCCCUCCCCUGCCUCGGCAGGACCUGGACCCCCGGGUGCUCUGCAACACAGGCUGGGGCCAGACGCCCGUCCGCCAGCACACCUCCUGGGAGAUGGAGGAGCAGCGUGCCGCCAACGAGAGGAAGACCAGCGAGAUGAGGGGUGGUGCUGGAGGGGACACUUGGAAGGGCUCCAGCAGCCUCUCUUCCGGAUCCCCACCGGACCCCCGGAACGGGGGAGCCAACCCCAACCUGGGACCAUCUCAGAGGCCAGGCUCAGGGGGCUCCGGAGGCAAGAGCGAGGGCCCCUCAGGCUGGGGAGGCCCUCCACCCUCAGGCUGGGGGGAGCAGCCUGUCAACAAGGCCCCCAACGGUUCCGUCAGUGGUUGGGGGGAGCCCAUGGCCCAAGGCCACAACACCACAAACAAUGGCCCCAAGAGUGGAGUUCAAUCCUGGGGCGUCCCUGAGGGGAAGUCCUCCCCUACCUGGGACGAAGGGCCAACCAAGACCCAGCAGAACCAGUCCCAGAGCUGGGGGGAGGGUCCCAAGUCCUCCCACGGCUGGGGCUCUGGCCACGGAAGUGGCAGCCGUGGCUCCAAUGGCUCCAACGGCUCCAAUGGAGGAGAGUGGAGAGAACCGGCCGAGGUGAAGAAGAAUGGAUCCUCCAGCCACAUGUGGGAAGGAGAAGGAGGAAAUGGACGAGGAGGAGGGUGGAAGGACAGCCCCAGAGGAGGUGGAGGAGGAAAUGGGGGCAGCUGGGCGUCGAAGCCUGCCCCUGCUGUUGGAGGUGGUGGUUGGGUGGAGACCCAGCAUCCCAACGGCCCAGCACCAGGAUGGGGCUCCAAGCCCCAGGAAAGCCCCAACGGCCCGGCACCAGGAUGGGGCUCCAAGCCCCAGGAAAGCCCCAACGGCCCGCCACAAGGAUGGGGCUCCAAGCCCCAGGAAAGCCCCAACUGCCCAGCACAAGGAUGGGGCUCCAAGCCCCAGGAAAGCACCAACGGCCCAGCACCAGGAUGGGGCUCCAAGCCCCAGGAAAGCCCCAACGGAAAUAGUGGAGGUGUUGGAACAGGAGGCGGCAGCAUGGGGUCCUGGGGCGGCCCUGCAUCUGUAAGGCAGAGUUCCAACCCCGGCUGGGGCCCGGGGAGCUCCGGAGCCAAACCCGACCCAGCGAUGGAGCCCACUGGCUGGGAGGAACCCUCUCCUCCCUCCAUCCGCCGCAAGAUGGAGAUCGAUGACGGCACGUCCACCUGGGGAGACCCCAGCGCCUACAACAAGACCGUGAAUAUGUGGGACCGCAACAACCCCACUGGAGGUAACGGUAACCAAGGCAACACCCCCACUCAGCCGCCGACCAUUAAGAACAACGGAAGCAUGGCCGUCAACAACAGCCACAACCACUCCUCCGUCCCCCCUAGCAACAACAAUCACCACCACAUGAACCACCACCACCCGCACCACGGACCGCCCCCGCCACACAGCCAGCACCACGGCAACAACAAUGGAUCCCCCAACACCGCCGCCCCGCACCAGGGCAGUGGACCCCAGGGCAGACCACCUAUGGCCAACCCAGGCUGGGGGGAGCUGCCCAGUGUCCAGCAGCCCAAGCCAGAAAUGGCAUGGGGGGAACCCGCUGGCCCCUCUCCUGCAGUGGACAACGGCACCUCUGCCUGGGGCAAACCCCCCGGUGUUCCUGGAGGCUGGGGCGAUGGGGGGCACGAGCCCAAUGGACCCUACAGGAGGGGCAACAACGGACCCUCUGGACCUGCACCCUGCAAGCCAGGACAUUUACCCUGCACUGCUCCUCUUCCAGCCCCCAAAUCUAUGCAAGACGGCUGGGGAGGCGGGAGGGAGGAGGAGAUGGGCAUGUCUUCUGGCCAAUGGGAUGCUGACGCCGGAGACAUGUGGAACAGCCCCGCCUCCCAGGAGAGCAGCACCUCCUGUAACUCGUGGGGCCAGCCGCCCAAGAAGGGCCCGCCCAAGGGCAAGAUGGGCAACCAGCCAGACGAAGCCUGGAUCAUGAACCGUCUCAUCAAGCAGCUCACGGACAUGGGCUUCCCGAGGGAUCCUGCCGAGGAGGCUCUGAAGAGCAACGACAUGAACCUGGACCAGGCCAUGAGCGCUUUGUUGGAGAAGAAGACUGAACUGGACAAGCGGGGCAUGGGCAUGUCUGACUACAACAACGGGAUGAACAAGCCGUUGGGUUGCCGUCCCCAGGCCCUCUCCAAAGACCCCUCCUCGGACCGCAGCCCAUUCCUAGACAAGGACGGUGGUCUGUCAGACGACGCCCCCUCCUCACCGUUUCUGCCUUCUCCCGUUAGCCUGAAGCUCCCCCUGAUUAACAACCUUCAGCCUGGGCUGGCCCUGGGCUCCCCGGGGCUCAACAUGCAGAACUUGAACAACAGACAGAUGCAGAGUGGAAUGUUGGGCAGUAGUGGAGCAGCACUAUCCCGGGCCAUGCAGCAGCCGCCUCCUCAGCCGUCAGUGCCGCCUCUCGGCUCCUCCCAGCCUAAUCUACGGGCUCAAGUGCCUCAGUUUCUCACCCCUCAGGUUCAAGCACAGCUCUUGCAGUUUGCCGCAAAAAACAUUGGUCUGAACCCUGCACUUUUAACCUCACCAAUAAACCCUCAACAAAUGACCCUGUUGUACCAACUUCAGCAACUGCAAAUGGCGUACCAGCGUUUACAAAUCCAGCAGCAGAUGAUGCAAGCUCAGCGCAACGUCUCGGGCCCCAUCAGACAACAAGAGCAGCAAGUUGCACGUACAAUCAAUAACAUGCAGCAGCAGAUCCAACAGCACCAGCGUCAGCUGUACCAGGCCCUGCUGAUGAAGCAGCAGCCCCCCGGCUCUCACUCCGGCCUGCACCCCGGCCAAGGCAAAUCAGCCCUGGACUCGUUCCCAGGCCACCCCCAGGCACCGGGCCUCUCCGACCUGCACACCAAAGAGCCGCAGUCUUCUCCCAACUCCUACAGCCCCUACCCCCUCUCUGGACUCAAUCCAAACAUGAAUGUAAACUGCAUGGAGGUGGGGGGCCUGUCCAUGAAGGAGCCUCCCCAGCCCCAGUCCCGUCUGUCCCAGUGGACCCACUCCAACUCCAUGGACAGCCUCUCUGGAAACUCCUCCCACAUGGAGCCCAACCUCAAUAAACACGGUGCCAUAUCUGCUGCUUCUAACCUGGGCCCCCCCGGAAAGCCCCCCCACAUGGAUGACUCCUACAGCCCAUACAGUAUGAUGGGUGGGUCUGAGUCUCCCACCUCCCCCCUGGUUCCCCCUGACAGCUGGGGCCAGGGACCAGGAAAGAGCCCCAAGGAUCAGAUCACCAAUGGAACGAAUAUCAACUGGCCCCCAGAGUUCUGUCCAGGCGUGCCCUGGAAGGGCCUGCAGAACAUUGACCCUGAGAACGACCCCAACAUGACCCCAGGAAGCGUUCCCAGCGGCCCCACCAUCAACACCAACAUCCAGGACGUCAACCGCUACCUGCUCCGGGACCGCAGCGGAGGCUCCUCCCCUCCUUCACCGCCUCAGAACGGUGCUCUGCCCCCCUCCACGGACUGGCCAGUCAGUGGCUGCUACACUAGCUCUUUCAGUCUGUCCUCCCCGGAUGAGGAGAGUGCAGGUAAGCUAUCUGACAUGAAGUCCACCUGGUCCCCGGGGCCCAUCUCCCACCCCUCCCAGGCCUCUCUAUCCCACGAGCUGUGGAAGGUCCCCCAGGGGCCCCGUAACAACACAGCCCCUUCAAGGCCACCUCCCGGCCUCACCAACCCAGCCAAGCCCUCAUCCACCUGGGGGGGAAACUCCCUGGGCCUGGCCCAAGGCUGGAGCAGCUCGUACACCUCAGAGGGCACCACCUGGAGCACAGACAGCUCCAACAGGACCAGUAGCUGGCUGGUACUGAGGAACCUCACCCCCCAGAUAGACGGCUCCACCCUGCGGACGCUGUGCAUGCAGCACGGCCCCCUCAUCACAUUCCACCUCUUCCUGACCCAGGGAAACGCUGUGGUGCGAUACAGCUCCAAGGAGGAGGCUGCCAAGGCCCAGAAGUCCCUGCACAUGUGUGUGCUGGGGAACACCACCAUCCUGGCAGAGUUUGCUGGGGAGGAGGAGGUGAACCGCUACUUUGCACAAGGCCAGCAGCAGCUCCCGCCCACCACCAGCUGGCAGCCCAACCCAGGCACCAAUCAGACGCGCAUGGGAGGAGGCGGAGGUUCGCAGCAGCACGCUAUUGGCCAUCACUGGAGCAGCGGCGGUGGAGGCCUGGGGGGAGGAGCCAAGACGGGCGGAGGCGGAGACCUCCUGUGGGGGGGUGUGCCCCAGUACUCCAGCCUGUGGGGGCCCCCUAGUAGCGAUGACAGUCGCGGCGUCAUCGGGAGCCCCAACCCCAUUAACACGCUGUUGCCAGGCGACCUGCUGAGUGGAGAGUCCAUGUAGGACAACACACUAACAAACCAACCAUGAGGAUGGAUGUUUCAAUGCUGGAACAGACAGUGGAAAAAUAAUAAUAAAUACAGACAUACACAAAAAAAAUGACAAUGAACAGGAGCAAAACCAAGCAAAUCAUGUGGCGAUAAUCAGUAUCAACGGAACUGUGAAUCGUGUACCGGAAGGCUGGGGGCGACGACACAAGACUGCUGACCCCUACGCCCUUCGGUUUUUACGUUUUCUUCUUUUUAGUUGUCUUUUUAAAAGGGGAUUUUGUUUUUAGUAUUUGAUAAGUUGUUGGAAGCAAACAAAAAUGAAAUGUCAAAGACUCAAUGAAGAGAGAACCGUUAAGUGUUUUUAAGUUCCAUGAAUAUCGCACAUUCUGUGUGAAGUGUUUUUAAGGAGAAGCAAUUGAAAAAGCUGCCAUUUUGAAUCUUUCCUUUACCCACGAAACUCCAAAUUGAUUUAAAAAAAAUACCAUUCCCAGCAUGCCCGUGGCCAAUGAUGUGGUUCAAAGACCUUUUACUUAUGUUAUUUUUUUGUUUCCAAGCACUAAUAUUCGCCUUAAGUGCUCUACUGCGGCCCAGGUCCUCCUUCAAUCUCAAGCCUUUUUCAUUGUUUUGAAACAGAAGGAUAAUUGUAUGAGUUUAAAAGCUUGCACAGUUCCCAUCUCUGAGCCAGUGAAUGGAUCAGAACAAGUGUGAUCAACCAAGGUCGUAUUCACUAGGAACGAAACGGAAGCAAGCGGACCGAAACUGAGGGACUACCUGAACUUUGUCCAACAAGAAAAGCUUGUUUUCGCAUUCUGUUGCAAAACAUUUUGCCACGUGUGCACUAAUCAAUAAACCCCCCCCCCCAAGUCACUCGGCAGUAUGAGGCCUGUCAACACUGACCCAACCAAUCAUCAGUUAAAACCUUUUCCGUUUUUUCGUCAUUCAUUUGUUCUUAAAGGGAUUUACACUGCUGUUUUUGUUCUUUUUGUAUAUCUAGGCGCAUUUUAUCAUAUCUAUCGCAACAUAAACUGAGAUUAUUACACAUCGACCGACCUAGCUGCGUCUGUACUUGAGUAUAUGUCUGGAACCUAAUCAUUCACGUCUGGGAGUUCAGAUUACCACUGCUCAGAACUACGACUUCAGCUAUAUUCACCUAACAGGACUUACAGGUGCUUCUUGUCAAUUAACAUGAUUAGUUGAUUCCGUUGUUGACCCUCUCGUCCCCAUUAUGGUCCACCAAUUUCUGGAAACAACAACAAAAAAACGCUUCAACUUGAUGUGACAGUUACAUUGUGCAAUAUAUACGCCACAGGCCCUUCUUCGGUCCACACUCAAGUCAAAGCAGGAGCUGGUUUCUUUACAUUUUUCGUUCUUGAUUUGUAUUGUCGUUGUUGAUCAAAGCAAAGAACUACAGAAACGUUACCUUUUCUCAUUUUUGAUUCCCACCAGGCCCCACUCCCUAAGAAACUGUUGCGUUUAAAGUCUUGCGAGGAUGGUGUUACUAUUAUAACUGUGCGUUCAGAAACGGUCCCUGCAGCCCUGAAACUCCUCAUAUUGAACUGGGGUACAUGAGAAAGCCCUUCCUCUCUGCAUUGCCACACCGAACAGGGUGAAUCCAGAUGGGGGAGUCACUGGAGGGGCACAAUACCAAAUAAGAGGGGUUUCUCCUAAUGCAGUAGAUCUACUACGAGUGUUCCUUGUAUUUGGUACUGUACAAAAAUGUAAGUGAGACUAACCUUUUGUCUAUAUCAAAGGGUUUUAUCAUAGCACUUAUGAAGAAAGCUAAACGCUUCAACUUGCAAACCAAUAAAUCAGACAAAUGAAGCAGCAACUUUGAAAACUGAAAAAAAGAACUUACUCUUUUUGUACUGUAUCUAUACUUGGAAAUAACUUCUGGUAUUUGUUUGUUCCUCUUUGGUCCAAGGACUUGUAUGAACUUUGAAAUGGUAGCAGGAUGAGAAAAAAGAAAAAAAAUGGAAAUCUACUUUUAUCUGAUUUUUUUUCUAAAGACAUUUUCUUUUAACUAUAUCAAAGUGAAUAUCACUGUUAAUCCAAAAUGUUUAGCCUUUUUCUUGUCUGGAGAUGCUAGACAUGCAAUGUUACCUGUCUCCGUCCAACGGUUGGUCGGAGUGGGGAGGGAGAUGGUCACGGUCCACUGAGUGCCUCUGCUGUGGCGCCCAUGGUGACGGUCGCUAGGCAAGGCUACCCCCCACAGCAGCAUUUCCUCCUGGGCUUGCACCAAGCUCUCUCAUUGGACACCCUCAGCCCAGCAGGAAACCACGCUCCCUCCAAGACUGGCCAAUCAGCACAGAGCUAGCUAGCUAACGACCGCGCCAGCAGCACUCGACCUCGUCUCAACCAACCCUCUUCAUUUCCCCUAAUCUUCUUUCACACAAAGAUCACUUUAGCUGGAAGUCAAGAGACAGUCAAAUUUCUGGAAUUUUGCCAGUGUUUGAUGCAUUUUAUUUAGUUUUCAUUUGACGACGUGUAUUUUUUGGUUUAUUUUUGUCUACGUGCAGUGGUCUUUUCAAGGUGGCUGCUUGAAACUAGCCCUUUUCACUGUUCAUAUGCAGAAACACUUUGGUCAGAGGUGCCUCUGUAUGUUCAUCCUGUGUAUUGAAUGCAAACUAGGAUCAAUACUACAGCCAGUCAUUGAUUGUCUAUUAUUAGUUAGUAUCUUAACUGAUUGAUCAUUGCUUUGUUUUGGACAGUAUGCUGUAGUACUUCCAGGUAGUAUCUCAAGAUGUGUAAGUUAGACCAAUAGGGUGUCUCAGAUGGGUGAGUGUGUCCUGCCUGACCCUAGCUGCUCCACCUGGGUUCUGCCAGGGCUGUCCCCUCGCCCCCUCACACAGCUGCUACGCUACACCCUCCUCCAGUCCCCUCCAAAGCAGCCAUGGCCCUCCCCUUGACCAGACAUAAAAAGCGACUCAGUUCUGUUUCUAUGCAAAAGACUAGAGGCUGCGGACCCUUUACAGCCAACGUGCCAAUCCUGCCCUAAAGAUUGAGCACCGACUCGGAGCUAGAACCAACGACCUCCUGAUGUAUGUACCCUUCAGCACUUAGAACAUGUCUGCUCUUGGUCCUUAUAGCUGGGUUUAAACCACAACACUGUCGUAUUCCAAACUUCCACCCUCCCUCUAUGGGGAGUUAGUACCACUGGAGUGGAGGUAUAGUAGGCCUCUCUUUACUGUGCUGAAGAAGACUGAUCUCAGCUUGAUCUCAGGGUAGGAGACGACGUUAAAAGAUGCAGCUCUCUCUGUAUGUAUGUCCUUUUGCUGUAGUGUAAGAGAGCCAAGUUCUACACUAACUAAUGGCAAGCUGUGCAGUAGUAGUACUAUAGACUUGUAUUGGCUGGAUAAUUGUUUUUUGGGGAAUGGAAUAGUAAUGAAUUCCCUUCCCAAAUAUGGGCCUACUGUAAUGUUACAAUGUAGAGGCCAAUGUUAUCCUAUGUGCCAAUACCAAAAAAAUAUAUAGAUCUAUAAAACUAGCCCAUGUUAUAUGAUCUGGAGAAAGAGCUCUUCUCUCUGGAUGGAGGAUCUUUGAUAACCUUUGUGAUGGAGGAUCUUUGAUAAUCUUUGUGAUGGAGGCAGGGGGGCAGGAGGGAUUAAACAGAUGGGUGGGGGCAACACACCUCAUCCAGAACUCCUGAGAUAAUAUGGCUGUGUCUCAAAUGGCACCCUGUUCACUAGGUAGUGCAUUAUAUAGGGACAUAGGGCGCCAUUUAGGCGGUCUUUGCUUUAGUGGGGAAUGCCCCGUUGUUGAGGAUAAAAUCUUUACUGAGUUUGCGGGAUCCAAGUAUGCUACGGUGCACAGUCAGUUUGACGGGUAAUCCCGGGUACAUGUUUUUUUUAAACCAAAAAUGAAGUUCUUCAAUUUUAAUGUCAUUUUUAAUAUGAAGUUUGACACAAUCUUUUUUUUUAAAUAUUUUUUUUAAAGUACAAAAAUCAAUAAAAUAUCUAUAAUAUGUUAACUAAAGCUCUGCACUUCUAGCUGAAAUGUCUCCAGUCCUCUAGCUUCCAAAAUGCAGGUUGGGGGAGCCUUUUUGUGGAUGCUAUAUUUUAUCCUAUUUGUUAGUGUUUCUGCCCAAAGCGGGCCCACAACUGUAUAUUUCCACAGACCCAGAUGGCUUCGGGCCCACUGUAUCAGCCCAGGUCGCUCACCUCACUGCGUCUGCGGUAGGCAACGAGAGGGGGCGCAUUUCAAAAAGGUACAAAAAUUCUUAAAAUAAAAAAAACUAGAAUGGGAUAAGGCUACCUUUUGGGACUCUGAGGUGUCCUGCAGCACACUAGCAAAAAUCACUAUUGCCUGUUUCUGUAACUGCCUUGAUCCAAACUCAGAGACCAAUUAGCCGGGUGGGGGCCUCCAAACGUCUGCUCUGUGUGUGGUGCUGCACCAGCAUUGAGGGGCACGCCGUGCACUCUCUACAGCUUAACUAUAGAUAGAUUGUGUGUGUGUGUAUAUACACAUAUGGAUAUGUACGUAUGGUGUGUGGUAGGUAGCACAUCAACAGACACCUUGGAUCUCAACCUCCUAAAACCUUUUAUUCCUUUUAAAAGGUCUGGGUUCAAUACAAACUGAAAAUGAGCAAUAUUUAUUCCCCUCCGGAAAUAAGUGAUCUGAAGGAAAUGAAAUGGGGUUAGGGGUUAAACUGGUACUUAAUGGAUCAUGAGUAAUGUCUUUCCUACCUGGAGUUGGAUAUGCACGUUCUGGAUUUAUGAACAUAUUACAGUAAGUACCUUGAAGUACUUGUACUGUAUGUGAAUUUGUCUAAACAACCCAACCUGAAAUCACCUGUUUUUUAAAUGUAUACUUUCCCAGCAGAGAAAAAUAUCAUUAAACAUAUCAACAUAAAAAUACACAAAUACUUGAAUCAAGGAGCGACAAUAACGUAAUGUGAAGUCUUUUGUAAAAAAAAAAAAAAAAAAAAAAAAGUUUAAAAAAAUAAUAAUAAAUUAAGUCUGACUUGUACACUUCCAUGCUUUUUGAGGUCAUCAGUUAAAAAAUAUAUAUAUAAAAAAUGAUUUAAAAAAUAUUGGAGAAAAAAAAAUGUGCAAAAAUAAUUUUGUGUGCUUGAAAGUCAAAUGUAUGUGUGCAAACGACUGUGUGCUUGGCAGGCUUAGGACUGCUGUCAUGUUCCAUUCAGUAUGUUGUGUAUUGACAUUGUUGUCUGUCCUUUUAUUCAGUUUAUUUUUUUGCUUGUCAACUAUAUUUUGAUAACAAUGUCUAUCUUCUAACAUGGCACUGAGUGUCUUCUACCCCUCACUCAGCUAAUCGUAGACAAACGAGACUAAGUACUGAGGGGAGAGGGUGAUAAUUCAUGUGUAAAUGUUUACUCAAGGACUAAAUGGGGGAAAAAAAGGUUUUGUUUUAUCUGUAAAAUGUUUAUCUACCUUACAGUGGCUUUUUAUUGUGGAAUAAUCCAAAACAAGGAUUAUCAUUGAGUGUUGCACCAUUUUUUGUUCUGAUUACAUACAAAUGUAAUGAAAAAAAGACUACAAAAAAUGAACAAUCUAAGAUUUGUGGCCAUAGAUGGUAGGACUAGUAAUCCCCAUGUUAACUUCAUGGAGAAAUGGAAAGGGAUAAUGUGGGGAUGUGAGUUUGUUACAGGACUCAUUUCAGAGGUGCCUAUUUCUUCUAUUUUUCUUUUUUUUUUGCAAAGCCACCUGUCGUUUACAAACAUUUCAUUUGUCUGAAGUUGAGGAAAAAUGGAUUUUAUAAUGAAAAUGUUGAAAAAGACAAAUUCCAUCUUCCAUCAAAUGAAUAUGAACAUUAAACCAACUUUGCAAAAUUAAGAUUUAUGCUACUUUCAGAACUCUGGGAUUGAUCAGUGUUGUCGUAUUUCAAUUUUUCAUUUUUUAAAUUUUUAUGUCGACAGACGUAUGUAUUGAUUUAUUUGAAUUUUGUCUUGUAAAAAGGCAACGCAAUCUGCUUACUAUCUUGCACACUCGUAAAGAUGUGGAUCUUGUCUCGGGAAGGCCAGGAUUUCCAGAGUUCAAACUCCACCAUUUUUAUUUAAAUUUGAGUUUUAAAUUAGAAUAACUUUGAGAAAUCUAACUCCAAGCACUGAAAGUUAGGGAUUUAAAUAGAAUAUGAAAUACCAUUGAUUCUAAAAAUCCGUAGUGGUUACAUAUUUACCAAAUAAAUGACUGAAAAUGAACUUUUUGAGAGAGAAAAAGUGGAGUGCUUUACAUGUAAAAUCGAUGUAGAAAUUGCUUUACAUUGAAACAAAUUAUGGUUUUAGUUUUACUUAUGUAUUUUCUUUGCGGUUCCAUCCUGUAAUGUUCAGGAGCAUUGUGCAUUACUCUUAUGUCUCUGUUCCUGUGGCAGGUAUUCAAUGAGUUAAGAGAUUCUAAUGUCUAAUAGAUGGGUUUCAGGAGAAAGAUUGGAAGUGGAGGGGGGGAACUGGUUUUUAAAGGCUCAUGAUCUAUGCACAAGUGGGAGGGAGAGUCCAGGCCUGCUUUUCUCUUGGGGCCCGGGACUGGUACUCUGGGGUUCAGGGUUUGAUGUAGGGGUGUGUCAUUGUUGUGCUAUGUUAGAUUUUCUUCCCCCUCAUCAGAUUUAUGGCAACUUUAUUGCUUCACCAUGCUGUGUAAUCCUUAACCAAUGAGCGCUUAUCCUUCUGCUAAAGCACUGUGGGUUAUACUGAGAAAAAGCCCGUGACUUAAGGCAAUCCGGUUUUUGUAAGGGGGAGGAGGUGGUAAUCUGCCUAUUGCCUUUUUUAUUUUAAAAAAACUUUAAGGCGAAGUGUCUGUGCUGAGAAAGUUAUGGCUUUUAAUGUUUUUUUUUCUCCUCAUAGAAUGUAAUUGUUAAUGAUAUGCACCGGGAAAAAAACAUGUUUCCAUAAGUUAUGGCGCUUCUUUCGGACUAUAUUAAUAAAUUGACAUUUUUGUUGGCUGUUAAAAA